AUGAGCAACAUUGCAAACCUCGAAGCCCCCAUUAUCGCCCAAGCAGCUGUGGCUGAUGCUCCACUUGCUGGCACCGUGAAUGAGAAAAAGCUUGGUCGUGGUUCGAUCGAGGCCACUAGGGUGUCGACCCAGUCUCACUCUGCAGACUACUACGAUGACGAGGUCACAGAGGAAGAUCUCAGGACACUCCGUCGAGUAUCAGGCAAGAUUCCAUGGACAGCCUUUACAGUUGCUUUCGUAGAACUGUGCGAACGGUUCUCCUACUAUGGCACGACCAUCGUCUUUGUGAACUUCAUCCAGCAGCCUCUCCCAGCGGGCUCGUCCACAGGCGCGGGCUUCUCGGGUCAGUCUGGCGCACUGGGUAUGGGCCAGCGAGCCUCUACUGGUCUCAAGAUGUUUAAUGAAUUCUGGGCAUAUGUGAUGCCUUUGCUGGGUGGCUAUCUAGCCGAUGCGCACUGGGGUCGCUACAAGACCAUCCACUUGGCCAUUGUCUGCGCCAUCGUGGGCCAUGUUAUUCUAACCGCCUCCGCCGCUCCCAGCGUCAUCAAACACAACGGCUCUGCGCUCGCUGCUUUCAUCAUCGGCCUGAUCAUCCUUGGUAUUGGAACCGGCGGCUUCAAGUCGAACAUCGCACCACUGCUGGCCGAACAACAAACGGACAACAAAAAGAAGGUCAAAGUGCUGCCCUCGGGUGAGCGAGUCAUCGUGGAUCCCUCAGUCACAACAUCCCGUAUCUUCCUGUACUUUUACAUGUGCAUCAACAUUGGCUCUCUGGUUGGCCAAAUCGGCAUGGUAUACUGUGAAAAAUACGUCGGCUUCUGGCUAUCGUUCAUGCUCCCGACCGUCCUCUUCGUGUUCGCCCCGAUCGUCCUGGCUGUGUGCAAGAAGCACUACGUCCUCCUCCCACCCACCGGCUCCGUCUUCGCCAAGUUCUUCCAGCUCUGGAAGUACGCAGCCAAGGGAACCUGGAGCAUCAAUCCCGUCCGCACGUACAAGAACUUGUCCUCGCCCGAGUUCUGGGACCGCGCCAAACCGUCCAACAUCCCCGUCGACCAACGACCCAGCUGGAUGACGUUUGACGAUGCUUGGGUUGACGAAGUGCGCCGAGGACUGAAGGCAUGCACGGUAUUUUUAUACCUUCCACUAUACUGGUUGGCAUAUGGACAAAUGACCGGAAACUUGACAUCUCAAGCUGCCGUGAUGGAACUCAACGGCGUCCCCAACGACAUUAUCCAGAACCUCAACCCGAUCUCCAUCGUCAUCUUCGUGCCGUUGAUGGAUUUUGUCGUUUACCCUGCUCUCCGCAAGGCAAAGAUCAAUUUCACCCCGAUCAAGAGAAUCGCUUUGGGAUUCGCACUCGCAUCAGUCGCCAUGAUUGCGUCGUGCGUCAUUCAAGUUUAUAUCUACCGCCUCUCCCCGUGCGGCACCCACGCCUCGGACCCUGACUGCCCCGGCCCGGCGCCCAUCAACGUCUGGGUGCAGACCUUGCCCUACGUCUUCAUCGGCUUCUCCGAGAUCAUGGCCAGCAUCACGAGCCUCGAGUACGCCUUCACCAAGGCCCCAACCAACAUGCGAUCCUUCGUCAUGGCCAUCAACCUGCUCAUGAACGCCUUCAGCUCCGCCAUCGCCCAGGCCUUGGUGUCCCUGUCCGCCGACCCGCUGCUGGUGUGGAAUUAUGGGCUCGUCGCGGUCUUGGCCGCCGUCGGCGGUGUCUGUUUCUGGUUCAACUUCCGCAAGCUGGACCGAGAGGAGGACAGGUUGAACAUGCUCGCCGUGAGCGAGUACCGGGGCAAGCAGCCGCGGAGGGGGGACAGUGUGAGCGUCGUGAGUCUGCGCAACGCCAAUCCGGGUGUCGGUGGACGGUCGAGUGUGCACGAGGUCGAUGAAAAGGGAAGAGAAGCAGCACAACUCUGA